UUCAUGUUGCGCGUUUAGAACCCUACUGACUGAGCAAUCAUAAUAUGACGCGUGCAGGUCCUAGUCAAUCACAGAGGUCACAAAGAGACCCACAGUCAUCUCAGUACCAUUCACAGAGAACCCGAAGAGGCCGCAGAGCCCAACCCCGUGAUGACGAGGAAGAGGAGGAAGAACCAGGGGCUGGAGAUGAGAAUAUCGGAAUGGAUGUCGACGAUGGCCAAGCGAAUGGGGAUUCAGAGCUGGAUAGGAAAGCUAGCGAUUUAGCCAGGCUCGCACUCUUCAUGGAGCAAAAACGCGUCCCAUUGCGUAGGGAAGACAUCAACAAGAAAGUUCUCGGGUCCAACACGCGGCAAUUCAAAGCCGUUUUGGAGAAGGCACAAAAACUCUUACGCAAGACAUUUGGAAUGGAACUUGUGGAACUUCAGUCACGGAAUCAUCGUGACGAAGAUGGGAAUGAAGAAGCCCACAAUGCCACUGGUGUGAAGAAAAGGGCUGCAGCAGCAGGGUCAAGAACAUACAUACUGCGAUCCGUUCUUGAUUUCGUGAUCAUCGAACAGGCAGCUAUUACCGAUGAACGACUGUUCGAAGAACAAAUGAACGAUGCUGGACCCGACGAGGAGGUCGAGGAGGAACUUCCUCGACACUAUGGGAGUAUUAUUUCGUGGAGUACCUGUGACCAACUAGCCUCUCUUGGCAUCUUGUACGUUGUUCUCGCGUUGAUUUUGGUCAACGGAAAGACGAUGUCAGACAUGGACCUCAAGGCUAACCUCAAGAGAUUGCGAUUGCCUUCAAACGCUGUCGUACCCGUGAACACGCAAGCAGCGCACAAAGCCAUGCCCAUUGAUGCCUUCCUUAACCAUCUCAUGCGUCAGGGUUACCUUGAUUGUAUCCGUCCCGGUGAUAACAAGGUCGCUGGUGGGAAGCGGGGACGUGCUCCAGCAGCGACCCAGGCUUCGGCUGAGGAGAAUCAAGCGUAUGAAUGGCGCUGGGGUAACCGUGCGCACGGUGAAGUUGGUGAACAAGCCGUCACAAACUUCAUGGCAGAGUUCAUGGUCGAGCGCUCGAGAGAGGUGGUUGCGGAUGAUGACGAAGAACAAGAAGCUGGCACAAGUAGGCAGGGAAGAGGCCGAGACAGGGGAAAUGCUACAGAGAAGAAACUGGAGAGCAUUCAAAAGGCGAUCGAGAGAGCCGCUGGGGGUAACCUCUCAGGUAUCAAUUGA